CUUCUCCUUCUCCUUCUCCUUCUCCUUCUCCUUCUCCUUCUCCUUCUCCUUCUCCUUCUCCUUCUCCUUCCUCUUCUCCUUCUCCUUCUCCUUCUUCUUCUGCUUCUCCUUCCCAUUUUCCUUCUCCUUCUCCUUCUCCUUCUCCUUCUCCUUCUCCUUCUCCUUCUUCUUCUGCUUCUGCUUCUCCUUCUACUUCUCCUGCUUCUUCUGCUUCUCCUUCCCCUUCUCCCUCUCCUUCUCAUUCUUCUUCUGCUUCUCCUUCUCCUUCUGCUUCUGCUUCUCCUUCUCCCGCUCCUUCUCCCUCUCCUUCUCCUUCUCUCUCCCACUUCUUCUCCUUCUCCUUCUCCUAUUCCCUCUUCAUCUCCAUCUACUUAUCCCACUCCUUCUCCCACUCCCUUCCCCUCUCCUUCUCCUUCAAGCUCUACUUUUGCUCUCUCCCUCUCAGUUUCUCUCGUUCUUUCCUAUAGUGUCCCUAUUCUCUCUCUCUCUAGCUCUACCUCUAUCUUUCUCUUUCAAAUGAUGUCUCUCUCUUGCCUCGUGUUGUAUUUUUGUCAGUCCGUCAGUCUGUCUUCCUCCUUCUCUCUCUUCCUCCAUCAGGUCUUCCUCCUUCUCUCUCUUCCUCCAUCAGGUCUUCCUUCUCUCUCUUCCUCCAUCAGGUCUUCCUCCAUCAGGUCUUCCUCCUUCUCUCUCUUCCUCCAUCAGGUCUUCCUCCUUCUCUCUCUUCCUCCAUCAGGUCUUCCUCCUUCUCUCUCUUCCUCCAUCAGGUCUUCCUCCUCUCUCUUCCUCCAUCAGGUCUUCCUCCUUCUCUCUCUUCCUCCAUCAGGUCUUCCUCCUUCUCUCUCUUCCUCCAUCAGGUCUUCCUCCUUCUCUCUCUUCCUCCAUCAGGUCUUCCUCCUUCUCUCUCUUCCUCCAUCAGGUCUUCCUCCUUCUCUCUCUUCCUCCAUCAGGUCUUCCUCCUUCUCUCUCUUCCUCCAUCAGGUCUUCCUCCUUCUCUCUCUUCCUCCACCAGGUCUUCCUCCUUCUCUCUCUUCCUCCACCAGGUCUUCCUCCUUCUCUCUCUUCCUCCAUCAGGUCUUCCUCCUCUCUCUUCCUCCAUCAGGUCUUCCUCCUUCUCUCUCUUCCUCCAUCAGGUCUUCCUCCUCUCUCUUCCUCCACCAGGUCUUCCUCCUUCUCUCUCUUCCUCCACCAGGUCUUCCUCCUCUCUCUUCCUCCACCAGGUCUUCCUCCUUCUCUCUCUUCCUCCAUCAGGUCUUCCUCCUCUCUCUUCCUCCACCAGGUCUUCCUCCUUCUCUCUCUUCCUCCACCAGGUCUUCCUCCUCUCUCUUCCUCCACCAGGUCUUCCUCCUUCUCUCUCUUCCUCCACCAGGUCUUCCUCCUUCUCUCUCUUCCUCCAUCAGGUCUUCCUCCUUCUCUCUCUUCCUCCAUCAGGUCUUCCUCCUUCUCUCUCUUCCUCCAUAAGGUCUUCCUGCCAGUGGUGAUGGUAGCCCAGCUCUACAACACUAAUCCUGUGGGAAGUGAAGUCUAGGCUCUUGUGGGGCGGCUGGGAGUGGAUUUAUAAGAGAAACACCAGUAAGCCUCUUCCCCCUGUAUUAAUGGCAGAUUAGAGUGUUGCUCAGAGUUAAGUCGACAAACACAGACACUGCAGGGCUGGCGGGCAGGCAAGGGCGAGCAGGUGUCUAAACAGGCCAGUACAGGAGCAGGGUGGAGGUGUGCAGAGCUGAGAGUAGUUUAGAGUAAGCAAUGUGUCAGUUAUCAGACAGAGGAGGGAUGAGAACAGCCAUAGCGUACUCACUGUUAAAUGAAUCAUUUUGUUGUAUAUAAUUGUAUUUUUUAUAAGAGGAAAAAGAGACUCUGUCAACAAUCCAGCAUGGGCCAAUGGCUGUAAAAAGAAUGGGCAAAACCAUCGAUCACGUGACUCCAUUCAUUCCUAUAGGACGAGUCAAUAGCGCACGGCACGCUCAGUUUGAGCUACUCCAGGAAUUGACUUUGCAGGCUAAAGAGACUGGACAACCCAAGGGGCACAAAGGGAAAAAAACUAAAUUAGAAAGAAACACAGGAAACCACCCCUAAGGCACAACUUUGCCCGCAGCACUGUUGUGCUGUCUCUACACAUCCAGACGUUCCUGUCUGUCGGCCCACAUAUUCUCAUCCACAUCACACCGGAUAUUUUCCCUUCCAAUGCAACGUGGAAAGAAUCUUUUGGAAUGCCUUAUCCAUCCCCUACAGGCGUCUACUGUGAUGUCCUCUCAUGCUGCAUCCAUUGCAGCCAGCAGGGUCAUCUGUGUGUGUGGCUGACGAUUGUACACCUUCCACCUCCAUGCUGAAAAUAACUCCUCAAUUGGGGUAAGGAAUGGUGAAUAAGGUGGGAGGAAUUCUAUGAGCAUCCUCGGGUGGGUCACAAACCAUUGCCUUAUGAUGUUUGAUCGAUGGAAACUCACAUUAUCACAAAUGACCACAUACUUUGGCAAAUCCUCUCUAAACAGACCCCUCUCAUCAUCAGGGAUGAGAGCCCUGUAGAGAGUCUCUAAAAAGUUGAGUAGAUGCUGGGUGUUGUAUGGCCCUAUAAGGGGGAUAUGGGUUAGGACACCAUGCUCCGAAAUAGCAGCACACAUGGUGAUAUUUCCUCCCCAUUGGCCUGGCAAAUCCACAGUAGCUCUGUGACCGAGGAUAUUCUGACCACGCCUUCUUCAUUUGGUCAGGUUGAAGCCAGCCUCAUCCAGGUAUAUAAAGUUGUGAGAGGGUUCACUUGAUUCCAACUCCAUUAUACGCUAUAUCCCAGAACACACAGUUGAAUUUGUUUUGGUAAGGAAGAGUGACAUAAAAUGUUCCUUCCACAGCAAUGGAAAUGUGUGCAGUUUAUGCUUACUGUACUAUGUAUCGCUAUAAAAUGUUGCUGUAAAGUAGUUACAUAGAGUAUAUUUCUGUAUGCUGUGAAAUACAAGUGGACUACUGUAUUAUGAAGCAUUGUAGGAAGUAUACAGUAUACUGCUUAUAUACAGUAACAGUGCACUGUACAUUGGUGGACAUACCUGUUCUCUCUUCGAAACGUUUGAACUAUUGAGGACACGGUUGAUCUCCCAAUAUUUGGCUGCACCCUUCGACCCGCCUCAGUCAUUGUAAGGCCAUGAUUGACAACAUGGUCUACAAUAGUGGCCCUUAUGUCAUCAGAUAUGCGCCUAUGUCCUCUUCUGCCUCUUCCUCUGUUUUGCCUUCCACCACAAAUCCUUGCUCCUCUUCUUCCUCGUCUUGGCUGUUGACCCUGUUCGUUUCCUGGUCCAUCCAUUAUUGGAAAGUUGCAACUCUGUGUUGUGGUCUGUCUAUACAGUGGGGGAAAAAGUAUUUGGUCAGCCACCAAUUGUGCAAGUUCUCCCACUUAAAAAGAUGAGAGAAGCCUGUACAGAAAACGUUUGACCUCUGUCAUUGCCAACAAAGGGUAUAGAACAAAGUAUUGAGAUAAACUUUUGUUAUUGACCAAAUACUUAUUUUCCACCAUAAUUUGCAAAUAAAUUCAUUACAAAUCCUACAAUGUGAUUUUCUGGAUUUUUUUUCUCAUUUUGUCUGUCAUAGUUGAGGUGUACCUAUGAU